UUCCUCUCUCAACGCUGGUUAAGAUGCAAUCAAAAUUACUUGCUUUAAGUGCCAUCAUCUAUCUGUGUGCAUCAUUCGUUCAAUCUAACGAAUUGCCGAAAGAAGUGUCAGUGUCGGUAACUACAAAAACGGUUACAGUCACCGCUAACGGUAAACCCAGCACAAUAACCACAUCCAAAGACACCGAAGAACUAAAUAUCGAAGAAGAAGCAAUUCCUAUUCAAAUGCAAGUUCUGACUACACCUUGGUCUGUUACUCCUACGUCUGCUCCAAUACCAUCGCCUUCACCUAUCAAUGCUGCAGCUACAGCUACAACAAGUUCGAAAAGCAAAAAUAGCAGCGCUUCUUCCUUCAGUGUUUGGACGAUGGCGCCUGAAAGCAGUAGCAGCAGUUCUUUUAGUAGAGUUGGCAGAUCAACUGUAUCGCACAAUUUCUCCAAGCUUCCAUCUACACCAAGUAUGAAGAAAAAUUUUAAAAAUGAUGCGAUAAGUAUGAGUAGCAGCAUAAUGGCUCUCUAUGGCUUUAUGUUAAUGGCGGUUCUAGUUCUUCAAUAAAAGCUCAACAAGCUCUGUUUUUGUAUUCAAUAUCUAAUCGACAGAUGCGGUCGUUACUUUAUUUAAUGUUUAUUGUAUCUUUCCUUGUGAUUGAAUUUCCAAUUCGUCCGUUGGAUUCAGGUGCUUUACAAUUUUAUAUAAAAGAAAGAUCAGUAAAUAUGUAAAUAAUAUGGCCGCGAACCAUCGUUUUUGAAGUAUGCUUUCUUUUUUUUUUUUAUUUCUUUUUAUGGAUGGUAAUGCCUUGAUAGGAUAAAAUGACAAUUUAGCGUGGUAACUUUGUUGAGUUCAGCUUUCAACAUGCACUAGCGGCGGAGAAUCUAGGAGCCGCGCGUCUAGAAUUGAAAGAACAGAAAGAAUUUGUUGAGCAAAUACUGUAGUAAGAGCCAUUUCCGCUCAUUAAAAGAAGCAUGUGCUUAACAUAUGGAAGUUUGUGCAGUUUUUUGUACA